CGAUUCUUGGUCUCUGAUUGGCGAAGGCUGCGUCAAUCUCGCUGCGCCAGCACGCUCGGUUGCAGCGACGCCGGUCGCUGACGCCGCCGUCAGAAGUCGACCGUCACUCAGCCGAGGAGCACGCAGGUAACCAUGCAGUUUCUGGGUCGGCUGCUGGACACGGUCUCCUCCGUGUCCAGCCUCUUCUCAAACCCCUACCGGGUGCGGGAUGUACCGUUGUCCGACUACGCCGGAGUAGGAAAGGUCAAACUGAAAGAGGAAGGACGCAUGAUUUUGUACAAAAACCCAUCGUGCCAGUCUUGGGACUGCCUACUCGUGUGUCCUGAGACGCCCACUGUAGCUCUGAGGCUGUUCCAGGUGCCAUCAGAGGAGGAUGCAAUGAACUGGUUCCCACAGUAUGCCCUCAAGCUCCGCCCCUUCUACGAGACCCUUCCUUUAAAGGCUGACACCACCCAGCCAAUUGUGGACUGCCUUCGCAACCACCCAGACUGGAGCUCCGCCCACAUCGCCGUCGAAACGGGCCUCAGGGAGUGCCUGAAACACAACUAUGUCCAGAGUCAGAUCAAUGCGCGGGACGCUUCGGGGCAGACCCCUCUACACCUGGCAUGUGAGCGAGGCAAUGUGGUGUGUGUGAGGGAGCUGCUGGAGGAGAGCCAGGCUCGCACCGACAUCAAGGACCGGAACGGCGAAACGCCCAUGCACUGUGCCGCCAAGCAGGAUACGGCUGCUGUCAUCCAGGUCUUGUGUUCUCGUCUGUGUUCCGGGGUGAACGAGCUGAACAGUCGCGGGGAGACGCCCCUUCAUGUCGCCUGCCGUCUGGGUCGAGUCGAGGUGGUCAAUGCCCUGUUGGGGGGUGGGGCCAGGUGUGACAUCAUCGGCGCCAGCGGCUACCCCAUCCAUGCUGCCAUGAAGUACAACGAGAAAAGCUGCACAGAGGCCAUCCUCACGGCGGACCCGGGCCAGCUGCAGGCCGAGGACCCGGUCUAUGGGGGAACGCCGCUACACUGGUCCAAAACUGCCGAGAUGUGCCGUUUGCUGCUGGAGCGUGGCUGUGCGGUGAACUACCUCAGUAAGACGGGGGAGAGUGCCCUCCACAUCCUGACCAAGAGGGGGCGCUUUGAGGCAGCCAUGGUGCUGCUCACCCAUGGAGGGGACGCCAACCUUAGGGGCCAGGAUGGCAACACUGCACUGCACUUGGCCAUGAAGAUGGACCACAUGGAGCUGAUUAAGGCUUUGAUCGUGUUCGGGGCUGAUGUGGAGAUCCACAAUGAUCUGGGGGAGACGCCCGGCCUUAUUGCUGCCCGCACCAGCAAAGGUCCUAAUAGAAAGAUACUGCUGGACAUGCUGUGUAGCGUAGGGGUCCAACGAUGCCUCCCGCCCUCGCCAAACAGCCCUCCCCCCAACACCACAAAGGCCAUGCCCACAAGCAUAGGUUUUAAGGACAUCAUGCACGUGGCGGCCUCAGUCGCCACAAUGAGCCAGGGCAGACCAGAAGUGGACUGUGUCAACAUGACGAGAAACAAGAUGGACAGACUGCUGUGUCUGGACGGUGGAGGCAUCAAGGGUCUGGUGUUGAUCCAGAUGCUGAUAGCGCUGGAGAAAGAGGCCGGCCGGCCCACCAGCGAACUCUUUGACUGGGUGUCCGGCACCAGCACAGGGGGCAUCCUGGCCCUCGCUAUCAUCCACGGCAAGUCCAUGGAGUACCUGCGCUGUCUGUACUUCAGGAUGAAGGAGCAAGUGUUCAAGGGGUCGCGGCCCUAUGAGUCGGCGCCGCUGGAGGACUUCCUGAAGAAGGAGUUUGGGGAGAACACAAAGAUGACCGAUGUGCGGUACCCGAGGGUGAUGGUGACCAGCGUGUUGGCGGACAGACACCCGGGGGAGCUGCACAUCUUCAGGAACUACGAUGCCCCCUCUGUCCUCCGAGAACCUCCCUACACCACCACCGCCACGUUCAAGCCCCUCACCAUCCCACAGGGUUGGGAGGAUGAGGAUGUGUUGAUUGUAGGAUACACUGAGGAGCCCCCCCGAAAGCGUAGACAGGUGACGGAUGAAGAGCAACUUGUGUGGCGAGCCGCCCGCUCCAGCGGUGCCGCCCCAACUUACUUUCGACCAAUGGGGCGCUUUCUGGAUGGAGGGCUGCUGGCCAAUAACCCGACACUAGAUGCAAUGACAGAAAUCCAUCAGUACAACAAGGCCUUCAAAGCCGAGGGACACGGAGAGGAGGUCCAGAGACUGGGCAUAGUCGUCUCCCUUGGAACAGGUAAGCCUCCCCAGGUGGUGGUGAACUCCGUGGACGUCUUCCGGCCCUCCAACCCUCUGGAGCUGGCCAAGAGCUUCGUAGGAGCCAAGGAGCUGGGCAAGAUGCUGGUUGACUGUUGUACAGACUCGGAUGGCUGUGCGGUGGACAGAGCCAGAGCCUGGUGCGAGAUGACUGACACAGUCUACCACAGACUCAGCCCCCAGCUGUCUCAGGAGGUGAUGCUGGAUGAGGUGAGUGAUGCGAUCCUGGUCAACAUGCUGUGGGAGACCCAGAUGUACCUCUAUGAGAAGAGGGAGAUCCUCCAGUCGCUGGCCAGGCAGCUGAUGGACAACUGACAGAAUACAGGAGACGCACCGGCUGAAAGACCGGGUUGGAGGCUGGGGUAGGGAUGGAGGCGAGGGGUGAGGGAGAGAAGCCACCGAGCGUCGAGGACGGACGUGGUCCGACGGAGGCAGAGGUCGGUGCGCCGUGUGUUGGGCGCAGUGCUCUUUCUGAUAUUCUGUGUGACCGUGCGCUCUCCUCUCGUACGAACGAUGCCUCGUUAGCACGCAGGAAACUGGAGAACUUACACUAAAGCCACUGACAGGCAGUCGCGUGAACUACGGACUGGCAUACCCAACAAAAACUGACAAACGACCACUGACUGGUGGUCAGUUGAGACGUGAAAGUUAUGUAGCACCAUCGGACCGUAUCACUGAUGCUUAACUGUGGAAUGUGACGUUUAUGGAUCGAAACACCAAUCGGAGCAAGUUGAGGAUUGUUGUUGUUGUUGUUGUUGUUGUGUGUCUAGAGGGGGGGAAACGAGGGGAGAACAAUAUCGUCACAGCCAGCCCACAAGGUUGGGGUUACAGCACCUUGUAGCGGUGUUAUUCUAACAUGUUUCGUAUCCACCCACCUUCUAUUUACACUCUAAUUGCUAACCAGGAGUGCGGUAUUCCAAGAUGCUGCAGUCUCACCGAGGCUCCAUCUUCUUCUCAUCGUUCCUCGUGUCUCUCCUUGUUCGGUUUUCCAACCUUGACUACCAAUUAAGAUUUCCCACCCUGACCACCAAUUGAGAUUUCCCAUAGACAAGAUGAUUUUAACGGAUUAAAGCGCAGCGGAAAAUAAGCGAGGAGGAGUUGGAGCAGGAGGAGGAGUUUUGGCAAUAACGAGGCCGCACGACUUUCACCUUUUUUGUAUCGGAGGCCAGAUCUCACAAGUGAACCGUCGACUUCUACUUGUCUCCGCUCGUGUAAAUCUUCGUUUCAACCAACUCCUCCGCCAGAAAAGGCCCGUGUAGCCAGCGCGCCUUCAACCAGAACGGUGGAAAGGUGCUCGGUAGAAUCAGCUGGUGGUGUAUUUGGUUGGAUUCUGAAGCUGCACCCACGUGACUGGAGACCACGUAUACCUCCAAAACCCCCCCUCCCCCCCCCAUGAAUAUAAACGUAUACUAGUUUUACACGUAAGACCAUCGACGUAACCGUGUUCCAGAUUUAUAUUGUGCACAGUUUACUGACCUUCUCAGUCCUCUGAAUAAUUACUGUUUGAUUCAUAACUGACAAAAUUGUUUCAGCUAGACCUUAGGACUGACCCGAGUUAUCGACUUGCUUGAAAGCAAUGGAGCAAAAAAAAAAAAAGAAUCCAAGUACAACCUGCACUACAUAACUACUUUAUGUUACAUUUCCUAAUGUUUUGUAUCUGGAUUUAUUAAUAUGGA